AUGACGCAUUCCACGGCAGCUGUCCCGUCCCCUGCAGCCCGGGUCGUGCGGCUGGGUGAGGGUGAGGAUGUGAUGCCUGUGCGUACAGAGCUGGCUUCGACCCCCGGGAUUUCUGUGGGGACUCUGAUGCUGAGCCCCAUCGAGCCUCUGCAGGCUCAGCCCCCUCCCCUCUUUGCCCCGAGGCCUCUCCACGCCAUCACCAAUUUCUGUACAGUGGCUGCCUUCACACCGAGGUCCACCUGGCCCACCCUGGCCAAAAUGAAGACCACCUGCAGCCCUCAGCAGCUCCAGCCCACCUCCAUCCCCACAGUGGCCACCGUCCAGCUCACUGGCUCCCCUCGCUUGUGA